AUGCAGAUCCAACUCGUGUGUUUGUCGGACCUCGUGACGCGCGUGCGUCACCGCGCCGCCGCCGACGCGCACUUUGUCGUGGCGCGCUUUCGGCACUGGCAGCGAGUGGCGACGCGCGGGAAGCGUAUCGCCGACCACUACCGCUUGAUGCGUCGCGUGAAGCCCGUGCUCAUCGCGUGGUGGAAGCUCGUGUUGCAAGCCAAACAGACCUACCUGGUCGAUGAGACGCGAGCGAUGAUGCGCCGCCACCGACAAGCGACGUUGCGCAGCGUCGUCGACUCGACGCCGUCACGGUCGACGUACGGCGAGCGGAGCCUGACGCUUGAAGAUCUCGCGGCCUUGAGCAGCAGCCACGCGUCGCAAGUCAGUGAGCUCGCAGGAUCGACAGCGGACGUAUUGGAGCGUACGCCGUCUCUGGCGCACAGCUCGGCGGGCUCGAGUAUGAGCUCCAUGCACCUGGAUACGCUCAUGAACGCAGACGAUGACAUUGGGCCGCAACUUGCUCUCGAACGACCGCUCGCGCCGGCGCUGCAAGACGACUGGCGCGACGUCAGCUGCAUCCAGCCAGCAGCGAUAGCACCGAGACGCACGUUUGACGUAGACGCGCCGAGUCCGUCAUCGGUGGUCGACGAGCCGGCUGCGGUCCCGGAGAACAACAAGGAUCCGGAGAGCGUCGACGACCCAGCGGUGGCGGCGUUGCUUGCAAAGCACCGACGUCGGCUCGAAUCGCUUUUUUACGCGCACGCCUCGUCCAACACGCUUGCGCUUGAUGCAUUUCUCAUGCUGGCCAAAGCCAACGGCCUCUUCCCUGCGCUCUUCACCCGACGGGAGCUCAGCGUUCGUUUUGAAGCCGCCGCAUCUCCAGCUGCGACGCUGACGUCAAGUGCCUUUCUGCGCUGCCUGCAUGAUAUCGCGCAGCUGCUGCUUCGAGACAGCCCGGACGCCACGCCGUCGCAGCGACUUCAAGCUCUGCUCCUCGUGCUCGAUGGGCACGGCUCCGUUUUGCAGAAACCCCUGGAGGUCAGUACGACGACGACCUCCAAGGCGCGACAAGAGGCGAGCCGCGCCCGUGUGGAUGCGAUUUUGGCCAAAGUCGCAACCCAGCGAUUGGCCAAGCACCGCGAAAAACCCAUCGGCUCAAGCCCUCGACGUCGCUCGCCACGCUGGACCCGCGGGCCCCUUGAUGACGUGUACGCGGCGACGCCACCCAAAAUGACGCCGUCCGUGCUUGCCCAAGCGAUGGAGAAGGCCCAGCUGCGACUGCUACGUCGGACACUGGCUACACGCACGGCGCUCCGAAGCUACGAAGCUCCGCGACAAGACGGCGAGGUCCGCGUCGAUCUCGCAUCGUCGCUUGGUCGAUCGUCGCAGCUCCAUGACGUGGCGAACCACUCGAGCUUGCUCGAGCUCUCGACCUUGGAGUAG